AUGCUAGCUACGUACAACACCCUCUCUGUUCCCUCCCUUGUGGCUCUAGCCCCGCGAGUAUUCCUGACCUUCGCCUAUCUUGCUCUACCCUAUCCUGCUACUGCUCGUCUUCUCGCUUCCUCUCUUCUGCCCUCGAGGGGUGCAGUGAUCCUUGCCUGUCCUCCCUGCGGUAUCCUUCUUUGUGCUCUCUUCCUCUCUGCGUUGAGUCCCACCCCUCUCCUUCUUCACCAUCGCUACGCUCUCCCUCCCUCGGCAGCCCCAAACCUUGCCAGUCACCCCUCGCCACACGCCGCCUACGCUCAUACUUCUCCCUCAGCUCGGGCGAGCGGAAUGCUCCAGCGGGCGCAUGAUAGCUCCUCUCUCUUCCUAGACGCUCUCUGGUAUGACGUUCACCUCUCCCACUCCUGUCGCGCUUCAACUCAUAUUCAUACCGCCCUGCAGGUACGCGCUCUUCCUUCCUCCCUCCCCCAUUCUCGAUACCUGUUUCUUCACGACGCCAUCGCCCAUCCCCAUCGUUCCUUUCCUCUCCGUGCCACCCACCACCCUGUGCAGCUCCAGGCCCUUCCUUGGUGGUGUCCUCACGUCUUCCGUCUCCCCGCGUCGUUGGGAACACUUCAUCUUCGGCGUCGUUGCACCUUCCGCCGCCCCGCGCAGUGGGGGGUCCUUCACCUUCAGCGCCGUCGCGCGUUCCGCCUCCCCGCGCACUGGGGGAUUUGCCUUCGGCGCCGCUGCGCCUUCCACCUCCCCGCGCAGUAA